UCGUUAAAGGAUCAGAAAUGAAGCUUUUUUUGCUAGUUGGAAUACUAUGCAUACUUGAAUUAGUCAAUGCUAUACCGCUAACGGUCGAAAAUUGUGGCAAAAGCUUUCUGUACCCAGAUGCUUCCGAUCGUAUUGUCGGAGGAGGUUUUGCACAACCUGGAAUGUAUCCUUGGAUGGCAUCUUUGCACAUUAAAUACGCCUAUUGGGCCUUUGAUUGUGGAGCCAGCGUUCUAAACGAGCAUUGGGUGAUAACAGCAGCACAUUGCUUCGAUGGCGGUAGAUCGCCUGAGAAGUACAAAAUUCAUGCUGGUAUUCACAAAUUGUCUGAAAGUUACCAUGCAACGGUACAGGAAUACAGGGUAUCUGAUAUUUAUGUUCACCCUGGGUAUCAGAAAGGAGUUUCUCUUUCAAAUGACAUCGCUCUGGUUCGAACUUUGAAAAAGAUCGAUAUUGCCGGCUCGGGAGGGUACAUCAAUGGAAUAUGCUUGCCUCAAAACAGCAGAGAUCCAACAGGACAGGCCACUGCUACAGGCUGGGGUUUUGAAUGGCACAACGGUGAAAUGACUGACAUUUUGAAAUAUGUAAGGCUUCCUUUAGUGGAUCGGAAAACCUGCAACAACGCCUACGACCAAAAUCCUUAUGACGCAUAUGAUGCCAUUUUGCCAAAUAUGAUUUGUGCUGGAGAAGAAAAUAAAGACACCUGUUCGAGUGAUUCGGGUGGUCCGUUAUUCCAAAGAGACCAAAAUGGCAUCUCAACCUUGAUUGGCAUUACAUCUUUUGGAGCGGAGUGUGGAAGCAAGACUCACCCCGGAGUCUACACAAAAGUGGGCUAUUACCUCGAUUGGAUCAAAAAGAUUAUCCAGACAAGAGAUCCGUGAUGUAUUUGAUCGAACAAGUGGCAAUAAAUGCUAAAACUUGGAACAAAAAAAAAGACAAAAAAAAAAAAACUCUAUUAAAAUUGGAAUUAUUGGAUUAUUAUUGAACU